AAGGCAGCAAAGAUGGCGGCGUCCUGUAGCAGCCCUGACUGCAUUGCUGUUUAAAUGGUUUGGUCACCUUAUGAUGAUUUGCUCACCGCGUUCGCACACCUUAAUGUAAUCUCCAAGAAUGACUCACGGCAUAAGAGGCAAGGCCGGCAGAAAAUCUGCGACGGCAAAACCGGCCGUCAACGGCAAUGCAGUUGGGUCAUCGUCGAUAUUCCCGUGUGAAAAUGUCAGGGGCGAGCCGCUGGACUUUUGUGCCAUUAAUUACGGCAAAAACUUAGUCCAGGAAUAUAUAUUUCGACACCAAACCUUCAACACUAAACGAUGGCUUGUCUUAACGCCUGUUUUUCUCCUAUGUUUUCUCCACUUCGGGCUCCAUACGAGAGGAGUCGACAUUCUCGGUCUGUCUCUCAUCGUGUUGUGUCUACUCCUGGUUGUGAAGCUUCGGCGCCGCGUGAAAGAAGAAUCGCUCCUGGUGAUGAGGUCGCUAGGUCUGCAGACCACGACGACAUUCGUGACUGGCAGGCAGGAGUCGCGGUUUAUCAACAGCGAAAGCAUUGAAGACGUCGUGAUUUCGGAAGCAAUAUCCAUGCACAGCGUCAUCUUUUACUUGGUUAUAUUGCUCCACAACGUAGAUUCCAAGGUUCCCAGCCUGGUGCCUUUAUUUCAAAACACCAUGCCGAGGCUCGACGCCCUGAAGAUGGUUUACCGUGGCAUCCACGACUCAUCUUGGAGCCUGCAACAGUGACGCCCCAUGUGCAUGCAGUAAUCGGAACUACUGUUAUCACCUUUUGCUGGCAACCUGCUGUUGACCAAGUCUGUCAGCGCCUUGCAACCACUUGCCAUAUUGACUUAUGUGUUGAUUGUUUUACCAUUUUGGUGGCACUUUUCACCAUAGCCGCUCUAGAUGCCGCUCAUGAUCAGUGACGUCCCACCCUUCUUAUUUACUUAUUUAUAAAAAGUCCAUCCUUCUAAAGUUGUGAAAUUGCCAAGUUUUUAAUCUAGUUUUUCAUGUAAUCAACUGGAGAUAUUUACAGGCUUAUCAUGUCUGGUACAAACUUAGAACAUAUCGCUUGUGUGUGUGCUGUCCACCUUCUAGCAGAAGGGGCUGCUUCAUUGUGCCACUUAAAAAGUGGGAAGCUUGAAUGGCCACUUAGCUAUUGAAAGCUUACCUUACCUUAAACAGGUACUGAGGUUGAAAUUUUAGCUUUGCUACCUGAUAACUCAUUGCAUAUCAUGAACCACACUCUCAAAUUAUCAAGCAUCAGUUUCACUUCUUGCUUUCUUUCUCUCUUUUUUUUUCUUCAUCUUUUUUUUUUCUUCUUUAUUUUUACUGUAUGGUUUCAUUUCCUGAACGCAUUAAUUUGCAACCCUGUGUAGACAUUUGAGAUAGUAGAUUGUGCAGUCUUUGAUAAUGGGGGCACCUCACUUCACAUUCUGUACAGCUCUUGAGACCACAGCUUGCACAUUUGUGUCUUGUACACAGCAUGGUAACCACACUGCACCUCAUAGCCUGUCAUGUGAUGCGGCUGUGUGUCUCCUUAGGUUCACCAUUUUCAAGAACUAAAAUCAUAUUGUAAAAGUUCAUGUUAUAAGCUAACUGGUGUGAAUUGGUGAACUAAGCCUCAAAAUUCGUGAUAAGUAAUUAUCAUGAAUUAUCAUAAAUAAUGAUAAUAAAUGUAGGCAUGCCAUAGCAGGGGCCUCUGGAUCCAUCAUAACCACUUGGAGAUCUUUAAUGUGCACCUAAAUCUGAAUACACAAAUAUUCUUCCAUUCUGCUCUUAUCCAUUGCAGCCAAGAUUUGAACCUGCAGGCUUGCGUUCAUGGCUGAACGUCAUAUUCACCAUAGCAGAACCAUAGUGGUGGGUAUUGCGAAUGAUUGUAAGCAAGGCAACCCAAAGAAGGCAAAAUUCACUACUGUAUUAAAGUUUUCAAAUGGUCACUACAGGCAAACACUUAAGUCUGGAUAGGGCGGUAGAUGCCAUACUUACUUAAUAAUAAUGCGCGCUUGAUCUUUCAUGGCCAGAAAUGGGAAGUGCAAUGCUCUUGAUUGUAACUACACACCAAUUUUCAUAUUUAAGGAAAAUGUGAGAUGCAAUAUGCAUCGAACAAAUCAAUACGCAUAGAUGCAAUAUGCAUAUGAACAAAUCGGCAGGAAUGCCGAUUUGUUCUCAUUUCAAAAAAUAAAAUUUAGAGCUCAACUCUGAAGUCAUUCGACGUGCAAUUUGUAGACACCAGCUAUGGAUGGUGUCCAUUUGUGAUGCACAAACUUCCAGCACUCGCACCUUCCUUUGAAAUAGGAAGGUUGGAUUCGAGAUUUGAAGGUGCUGCCUUGACGCCACUAAAUGCGGUUUUGGUUUCUCAAUUCUAACAUGCAUGUCAUACUGGAGUGAAUUUUCUUAUUAAAAAAACGGCACGUUCAAAUUGAGCAAAUGCGGUAAUUCUCCUGAAAAUCAACUGUGCACUUGUUCUAUGCCAAGAGAUGACUCGAGUCAUAGAAUUGUUAUAGACCCAUUGCAGUAGCUGGUUAUGACAUGUUGCUGAGCUCAUCAUUGCGCGUUCAGUCUUGGCCGCAUUUUGAUAAGGGAAAGAAAAAAAUAAAACAUUCUUGUACUUGGAUUUAAGUGGACGUUGAAGGGACACAAAAGAGGAAAAAACAAAUUCACCUGUAAUGAUGAAAAACUCUUCUACAAUACCAAAAAUGUCACUCUUACCAUUAGGGGAGGCUUGGUAAACCAGAAAAGACACAAAAACUGAAGAUGGGUGGUGAGCAGUAAAGAGCACUAAAUAACAGGACGAAGAGAGGGACACAGACCACAGCGCUGACUAACAACCAAGUAUCUUUAUUCUUUCAGUCAGCAUAUAUGUACAAUACUGCUAUCUCAUAGCACAGAAUCAACAGAAUUCAACAUGCACAGGGGUAAAAACUGCGAUCAGUGCGAUAGGAAGGCAAUCUCCUUUGGAAGGAGAGAAAGGGAUGGAAGGCUUACACAUGCUUCGCCGCUAUUAUGAAUGUGGAAGGCUUUGGAAAUAAGAUGUGCGCGGGCGGUCAUUGCGGUAUUUUGACAGAUAGGUCGCAUAUUUAAAAGACGGCUUGCAGCCAGAUUCAUUGCAAUGCAGUGAUAAUUGACUAUCUCUAGCUCGUUUUUGAACUUUGUUUGAGUGUUCGCGCACGCGGUCAUUAGUGCCCCGACCCGUUCGACUGAUAUAGAAACACUUGCACGAAAGAGGAGUCUUAUAAACCACCCAGUCACAACAGUCAACAACAAACCUCUGCCUGUGCUGCUUUUUACAACUUUUUUUGUUGUUCUUGGUCACCCAAUUGACUUGAUGGCACAGGCUAUCUAACUUAUUUCUGGCAGUGAACAGCAACCUCACGCCUGCCUUGCUGAUAACUUUUUUGAGAUUAUGCACAACCUGGUGCACAUAUGGCAUAACCGCAACCAUUUGCCGUGAGCGAUUCUCAGAUUGAGCAGCUGCCUAUUGCUUUCUUUUAAGGCUUGUUGCGAGGCUUUCAGCGCUGUUUAGCGCUGCUUACUGCUCGUAAUCAUGAACCAACCAGCCCAAAUGCAUAUUCUUAUGAGUGGCAACACUGCCUUCGGGUUCCCGCUUCGGUUAGGCGUGGCACUAUGGAUUUAGGUGGCGUCUAAGUAUUGUGUGUAUACUGUUAUUGUUGAAGACACACUUUAUGUGGGAACCUCGGAAUACUAACUACUUCAGCAAUUUUGUGCAUGGGUUACACAGAAGUGAAAAAUAAGAGAGACAGGACAAUGCAUUGUUCUGUCCAUCUUUUCACUGCCCCAUCUUAAGUGUUUGCUUUUGUGCUUCUGUAGGCACCCCACAUUAGGGAACGCCAUAACUUAGAAGACACUUGUGUAUGUAUUUUGCCAGGACAUGACCUCAUGAUCAGUAUUUUAAUUUAUAGUACUGCCCGAUAGGCUCACAGUACAUUUUGAUGUGAAGUGUUCGAUCCUGUAGAGUUGCCCACCUGUUGAGAUGCUGGUUUGCCUUCUGUGAUGUAAAUGAGGGGAAAUUAUGAAAGAUAUUCAGUUUUGUUUUUUAUUUUUCAAACUCUUGCCGAACUGCGUAACCCUUGUCUGCUUAACGAAUGUUUUGUGACUUUUCACGCCAUCCACUUGGACAUCUUGUCAAGAACUGUUGCAACACCCCUGAAAAAAGAGGAGUAAAAGACCAUGGCACUUACUGUAUUAUAUGCAAAGAUCUUAGAAAGGCUCGUACUUAACAAGUACAGUUGUAAACAUAAGACUGAAUAUGUAAUCAAUAACAUAAGUUUUGUGGACUCAAGAACAGUGAAAAAGCAAAACUUUGUUAACAGCUUGUACCUGAAAGCUCUAAAUUCGAAGUUGUAUCAACAGGCCUGUGCACAUUACAUUCACCUCUUUUUGCAGCCUGCACGCCUAGUGCAUGAGGUAACUUUAAGCUGUUGCUCCACAGAUUCUCAUUUUGUUUUAAUGCGAUUAGCAUUCUUAAGGUAUGAACUUUCCGGGUUCUGACUGCCUGUCUAGCUAUCUAUAUGUGUCUGACCGAUCUGCAAACUUGAGUCACUUGGGUCCAUGGUCAAAUAAUGGUUACCACAUCUAGCUGCUGUGCUGAGAGAACAGGGUUCAAAACCAACUGUUGAACCAACUUGGGUCACUGAGUGCCGCUUUUUAAUGAACUUCUUUGACACUGACUUGGAUCACUGAGUACAUGGCACUUUGUACGGGGUCCGUAUAGUUCAACGAACAUUUUUGAUGCCAACCUUGAGCACCGAGCAUGUGGUACUAGGUGUGUGCUGCUCUUUAAUGAACCUCUGUGUGCCAACUUGGGUGACUGGGUGCGCCACUACAUGUGUGCCUCUCCAAUGUAAAAGAUCAUUUGAAGUUCCUCCUGUGCACGGGAAAGUAGACCCGUGCUAAGCACGGAAUUCACAGCGGCACUGCUACAUGGGGCAAUGUGUACAGUGUGAAGUGUGAGAUAGAAGCCCAGCUGCCUACACGUUUCAGCAUUGGCAAUACUGUGUGUAGCUACAUUGCCUCAAUGCUAAUCGCAUUAAUGUUGACAUUCAUCGUGAGAUGGGUUCUGCCAUAAUUUUUUGUUUUCUGAAAAUUUUUUGAGCAAUGGGCUACAUUGUUUGUUCUCAUGAGUACCACUGAAUGAUGGAGGAUUGGAUUAGAAAUUAAACUCAAAUGGAAUGGCAGUUGCAGCGAAGUAGAAUGCAGGUACUAGUAUAGGCUCAUUUCAGCUAGGACAGCUGAUCAAUGUGUUUACUGAUAUAUUUACUGAUGAGUCAUUCAAUCGGUCCACUUGUCAUAAUUUCCCAAAAUUACACUGGAGAACUUCAGAUUAAUUCAAAAUGCAAAAUAUUUUUUUAUCAUCAGCCAAAUUUUCAGUGCAAGGAAAUGUUAAUUCUGUUUCAUAAGCAAUGUGGGCUGCUUUAUAUAUAUGUAUAUAUAUACAGUGUUUCUAUUUUGAAUGCUGCAAACAAAUACUGUUGAAAUGUACCCAACACCCAUAUUAUAAAGAAAUACAAGGCACUGAAAGGCCCAGAACCUUUCUCUGUAACAAUUUUUUGUCCUUCAUUGGAUCACAUGAAGCAGCAGCUCUGCUAUUGCAGUGAUAGCCACUCAGUGACAUGGAAAAAAUAGAAUGAGAAGAAAAGCAUUCUUGCCAAAUACAGCCUCUGUAUUAAAUCCUCCAUAUAGUGGAAUAAUCUAUGUACUCAAGAGACUAGCUUUUGUUAUUUUGUCAUAAUGAACCAGCUGGCAAACGUGACUGGGGGUGUCUCAAAGAAUGCAUGUUUUUCAUGUCUGUAAGAGUGUCUUCAGCAAGUUUGGCUGCAGCUCUUAAAAUUGGUUAACACUGUAGGUUGCUCCCGUUUCAUUCUGAUAAUGCUAUUUCUCACAUCUGGAUGAAUCACUUAGCCAGGAUUGCUACUUUGUUCUCGACACUUUUUCUUUUUCGUGUUGUGUGGUACUCAUUUGUUUGUGCAACUAGGCAGAAAUUGCAAUGGAUGGAAUAUGAGCACUCUGUGUUUUGCCACUCAGGCCCACGUCAUGAUGUGACAUUGUGGGCUUGAGCUACUUUUGAGGCAUUCCCGAGAUAAUUUUUUGCAGCUGUAUCGUGGAAUGUGCUAUGGCAUGAUGCAUCAGAGAGUGUUUUCAAACGUAUGCACCCUAACAUGCAUUCUGUGAGCUACUGCAAAAUAAGUUGUGUGUGUUUUAUUUAUUUUUAUGCAAUCACUCUGGAUUUGCAUCUCUGUGGCCUGUCACAAAGAUUGCUCUUGUUAAGACUUUUUUUUUUAUGCAUGAAACAAAAGACGUUAAUAGACUUUGUCUCAGGUUUUAUGUCAACAAUGAAAACAUGUAUGAUGAGUAUUAAUACUAGUGAUAUUAUUUUGUAUUUUAUUUUGCUUUCAAUGAUAAAAUGCAAAUAGUAAAUCAUCAGUGUCGUGGGUACCUGACCAAAUGUUGACUGUAGAUUUGUAUUAAAUGUUGUUCCAAUUAGUUACCAUGGUGGUUGUGCUUUUAUCUCACUGUAUGUGCAUUCUGAGUUAUGCUGUCACUUAGAUGUUUUGUAAUUGUGUUCCAGAGGGGGCAUAAAACAUUCAAAUUUUUAAGAAGGCA